AUGAAUAAUGUUGAGGAGGCAACAGGGUCAUCAUCAUCAACAUCCUCAACAUUUCAAUCAAAGACAAAGGCUACAAAGCCAGACUUUAAGCUGAAAUAUACUAUACAAGGACAUACCAAAUCGAUAUCAUGUGUAAAGUUCUCUCCCAAUGGUAGAUGGUUGUUAAGUGCAUCUGCCGAUGGAAUAGCAAAGAUAUGGGAUGUUAAUAAUGGAUUUGUAUUCUUGAGAUCACUGACGGGACAUAAGCUUGGACUGUCGGAUGCAAGUUGGUCACCGGAUUCAAAGUACAUUUGUACGGCUUCAGAUGACAAGACAGUGGGAAUAUGGGAUAGCGAGACAGGCGAACAACUCAAGGUGCUCAAGGGUCACAAGAACUAUGUGUUCUGUUGCACCUUUAGUCCACAGGCCAACAUGAUUGCCAGUGGAUCAUUCGAUGAAGACGUCAUACUAUGGGAUGUCAAGACGGGCAAGAUACUAAAGACGAUACAGGCGCACUCAGAGACCGUCUCAUCAGUGCAAUUUAACCGCGAUGGUACUGUACUAGUCACAAGUAGUCAUGAUGGAUCAAUUCGUAUUUGGGAUACAUCAACAGCAAAGAUAUUGUUCACAUUGUUGAUCGAGAGUAAUAAGCCACCAAUAGUAUCAUAUUGUAGCUUCUCACCUAAUGGGAAGUAUGUGCUGGCGGGCACUUUGGACUCUAAACUGCGACUGUGGAACUAUAGUGAUAACAAGGUGAUGAAGACCUACGAAGGCCACAUCAACCAGAAGUACUGCUUGUUCUCAGCGUUCUGUAGUGGACGUUGGGUGGUGUCUGGCUCGGAGGACAAUGCCAUCUACUUGUGGGACCUACAGAGCAAGGAGGUUCUCCAGCGACUCGAAGGCCACACCGAUACUGUCCUUGCGAUCGCAUGUCACCCAACAGAGAACAUCAUAGCCUCUGGUUCAAUCGACAAAGAUCCAACGAUUAAAAUAUGGAAGAUGUAG